CUCGCUCGUUGUUUAUGGGUGCCGGGAUUGAAGCCCGCAUAUACAUUCGCCUGGGGCACUUUUACUUAGGUUGAUGACUUUGGCGAUGCAUCACCACCUCAGUCCAGCACGUCACGAUGCUCGAUCUAGACCAUGGCGCUGAGCAAGCUCUGUGUAACAACAUGGCUAUAAAGAAGCACCGAUGGCCCCAUGCGAUGUCGAGCUGUGAAUAACAAGCCAGCUGUCUGAAGGUACUUCGAAAAAGCACUUCCACCAAUUAUUCUUCUUAGUCUCGCACAAGAUCACACCAUGCCUCGUAUCAAAGGCCUUGCCCGAGACGGCCCCUACGGCGGCCAAGGCGGCAGCGCCUACAACGCCCUGCACAACGAGCAAAAAGUGAAGCACGUUGAAGCCUGGAGCGCCGACUACAAGGGCUACAACGUGCUCGGCGCACUCGAACUCUCAUUCGAAGACGGAACGUCGACCGGUCGCAUUGGCGGCAGGGACCCUCACAUCGACUAUGACCCCGUAUAGCCAUUCGACUUUCAGGACGGCGAGACCAUCACCAGGAUGAAUGUCUACGCUGGGGAUGGCGAGGGGUUCUGUAACGGGUUUGAUUUUGAGACGAACUGGGGUAGAGAAUUCACGGUUGGGAGCAAGAUUGGAAAACCGAAUCAUGUACCGGAUCUGGGGAGGAAUGGCGAGUGGGCGGGGGCGUCGGGGAGGGAUGACGUGCAUGGGGCAGAU